AUAUGGCAAGUCAAAAGUAUUUUGUACAGAGCUAACUUGAAAAGAAUGGCGGAGACUUGCCGAAAGGAAGGUCAUGGCGUAGGGGGAGGAGUAAGGCGUGGGGUUUUAGUCUGGUGAAUUUCCACGGAAUGAGUGUGACGUUGAAGCACGCCAUUUUGACUAGGUAACGCUAAGAAAAAGUAAACGAAUGAAAUGUGAGAGACGAAGACGAGCCUGAAGAAUUUUCAUAACUCAUUGACGCGGUCAUUAAUUAAUUCCUCUUUUAGUCCGUCAGCUCUUUUGCUUGUCUUUGUCUCCUUUCUCUUUGAAACUUCCUCAUCUUCUUUAAUUAUUGAUAUAUUUUUUCCCCUUUUCACUUCUCAAAAUUUAUGAGUUCUUCUGCUUUUUUUCGGUUCGGAGGCCCAAAUCCAGAGGGUCCAUCAUCCACUUGAUCUGGAGUUUUUUUAAUAUAAAAGUGCUGCAGUGUGGAGUUAAAAUGGUGUUCUGGAGAUUGGUUGUUUCAUUGAUUAUGCUGAUUUCAAUUUCUUUGGAGCAAUCCAAUGCACGUUCUGUACACUCCUUCGAACAUUUAGCUCAGCCUCCAGAUUCCCGAUCGAAAUUAAAUAAUCAGGUAGCCCCAUCACCAAGCUUUGUCGCUGCAGUUAACGCGAAUUCAGGUACUAAUCAAGCCCCUGUAGGCCAACCAACGGCGGCUUUUGUUAGUCGUAAUUGUGACGGGGCGUCUAAUAAGUGUACGGAUGAUCAUAUCAGUAUGACUGCCUGCUUUUUUCCUGCCAAGAAAGGACAUGAGGAAUCAUUUCUGCUCGUCCACAACAACGGUGAGAACCCUUUGAUGCUGAAGGUCAAUGUUUCACCUGCAAACAAAACUUAUGAAAAUAUUCAGAUACCAAGACAUGAUGUCAAGCAGAUCAAUAUCUCGUCCACAAUUGGAGCGAAUUCAUCAACAAUUAUGCUAGAUGCUGGGACUGGGAAUUGUACGAUUGAGAUUGGACGUUCAGUAUGGCAAGGCUACUUUAACUUGCCAUAUUCUUAUACCACUUAUGUGACCCCUAUGAAUGGGGCAUACUUACUAGGUGUGACAGCUCUUCUAAUCGGAGGAAUAUUCAUCUGCUGCAAGUUAAGAAAACAAGAUCGACAUCUUGAUGGUGUUGCAUAUCAGGAACUUGAAAUGGGAAAACCAGAACUUCAAUCUUCCAUCAAGUUGGAAACUAACGCUGAAGGGUGGAAUGAGAGUUGGGACGACGAUUGGGAUGAAGAGGAAGCAGUGAAGUCACCUGGUGGAAAAACCAUAAGCAGAAAACUAGCAAAUGGUUUUGAUGAUUUGGAUAAGAGUUAAUAUAAAGACACAGAUUUUGUUCCAUUUUCUUGAAAAUAGUUCAUAGGAAAAAAAAAAUAGAAUGGUGAGAAGUGGAUGCAGUAGAUGUUAAACAGGAAUAGGAAACUGCUAAAGAGUUUCAAUUUUAAUCAUUUUGAGUUGUGGUCUGACCACUUAAGUUCUCUAUAGAGCUGGUUUAAUGUAAUUUUUCGGUUCAUGUAAAACUACAUUCAGAUCUCUCUAUAAUAGUCAAAUUUUAUAACAGCACUUUA